AUGGUGCUCCGUACCGAGCCCAUCCUACUCAGCCACCGCUCCCUGGGCGAGCCGGGCAGGGGCGGCCACUGGCAGGAGCUGCCCCUCGGCUCCUUCCCCGAGCUGCUCAACCUCACCAACUCCACGGAUUGCGGCGAGGACAUCCUGCUGUACGGCGAUGUGGAGAAAGUUAUCAUCGGCAUCGUGCUGUCCAUCAUCACGGUGUGGACCGUCGCCGGGAACUCGCUGGUGAUCAUCUCGGUCUGCAUCGUAAAGAAGCUGCGGCAGCCCUCCAACUACCUGGUGGUGUCCCUGGCCGCUGCCGACCUCUCGGUGGCCGUGGCCGUUAUGCCGUUCGUGAUCAUCACCGACUUGGUCGGCGGCGAGUGGCUCUUUGGUAAAGUUUUCUGCAACGUUUUCAUCGCCAUGGAUGUAAUGUGCUGCACAGCUUCGAUCAUGACCCUGUGUGUGAUCAGUGUGGACAGGUACUUGGGAAUAACACGCCCUUUGACAUACCCGGUGAGACAGAACGGGAGAUCAAUGGCCAAGAUGGUGAUCACAGUUUGGCUCCUUUCAGCAUCCAUAACACUACCGCCAUUGUUUGGUUGGGCCAAAAAUGUCACGGUGGACCGGAUGUGUCUCAUCAGCCAGGACUUUGGCUACACUGUCUAUUCCACGGGAGUGGCUUUUUAUAUUCCCAUGACCGUCAUGCUAAUUAUGUAUUACCGGAUAUACAAAGCUGCUAAAGUAAGUGCAGAAAAGCACAAAUUCAUGAACAUCCCUCAUCAAUUUGAGCAGGAUGGAGUCUACAACAUGGAGGAGGAUAUUCGAGCCCACCAUGCCACCAAGAGGUUCAAGGCUGCAGAGGAGUGUGCCACCUUAUCUAAGCUCCUCAGGCACGACCGCAAGAACAUUUCUAUCUUCAAGAGGGAGCAAAAGGCUGCCCGGACCCUGGGAAUCAUAGUCGGAGCUUUCACGUUCUGCUGGCUGCCUUUCUUCCUGCUCUCUGCCGCUCGGCCCUUCAUUUGUGGGAUCGAAUGCAGUUGCAUGCCCCUGAGGUUGGAGAGAACGUUGCUGUGGUUGGGAUACACCAACUCCCUCAUCAACCCACUCAUCUACGCCUUUUUCAACCGAGACCUGAGGACUACUUUCUGGAGUCUGUUGCGUUGCAAGUACAGAAACAUCAACAGGAGGCUUUCAGCGGCCAGCAUGCACGAGGCUCUCAAGGCCACUGAGAGACACGAUUGCAUAUUGUAA